GAAGGUCGAAUCCCGUGCAAAUAGAUAUUUUUACUCGCAUGCGCCGUAGAAUGGCAGUCCCGUUCACUACGUUUUCAGCUACGUACUGAACGGGUUCUGUCCUGUUUCUCAGCACUAACACCGUGGCUGAUCACGGUGCAAACAAAGCUAUGCUACAUGCCCUUGCUUGAUCUUCACUUCUGAAAUUUUGUUGCUUCGUUAACAUUUAAACGCCCUCAUAAAACAAAAAAACUGUUCAGGAGCGUCGUACAAAACUGCUUGCGUAAAGCGAAGUUUUUCUUCUACAGAGAUCACCGCAAUUUCCAAGGUGACAUGGCACCUACGGCGGCACAUUUACCUGGAGAGAAAACCCUUACCAUUUUACAUUUCAACGAUGUGUACAAUAUCGAAUCGGUCGACAAGGAACCCGUAGGGGGGGCUGCUCGUUUCAGCACGGCACUCAAAUCGUUUUCUCACCUGCAUCCACUGAUUUUAUUCAGCGGCGAUGUAUUUGCCCCUUCAUUCAUGAGCACGUUCACUAAAGGCGAGCAAAUGGUCCCGGUUCUGAACGCCUGCGGAAUCCAAUGUGCAGUCUACGGAAACCAUGAUUUUGAUUUCGGCAUUGAGGUACUGAUGCAAAGGGCUCAAGCCACUACAUUUCCUUGGCUUAAUGUCCAACGUGAUCGACAACGAGACACGGACGUCCUCUGGCGGAAUGGAAAAUGCAGCCUAGUUAUUGACUGGCAUGGAAUACGCAUCGGACUGGUUGGACUCGUCGAGAAAGAAUGGCUGGACACUCUUGCGGCUGUUGAUCCCGAGCAUGUAACCUAUACCGAUUACGUCGAAUGUGGCCGCUUACUUGCCCGGAAUUUGAAGGAUAUCCAGGGCUGCAGAAUUGUGAUCGCUCUAACUCACAUGCGAACACCGAAUGAUCUCAGAUUGGCAAAGGAAGUGGAUGAGAUCGAUUUGAUCCUCGGAGGACAUGAUCACGUUUCAGAGUGCAUAGAGGUUGAAAAUCGAUGCAUCAUCAAAAGUGGAACGGAUUUCCGCCAAUUUUCGGAGAUUACGAUGCGCUUCUUAGGCGAGGAAGAUAAGCCGUUAAUUGGCGUGAGACUAGUGGACGUCACAUCUGAAUACGAGGAGGACGCUGACCUCAAAUUAGCUCUUGAUAGCUUUACAAGUGUGAUUGGAGAGAAAAUGGAAGAAGUAUUAGGAGAAUUUAGCGUUCCACUUGACGGCCUUUUUGCUUCUAUUCGCACUUCUGAAACAAAUUUAGGAAAUUUUAUCUGUGAUGUUAUGGUGGCAGCAACUGACUCAGAUUUGGCUUUACUCAAUUCGGGAACUCUGCGCUCUGAUCGAAUUCAUCCACCAGGUCCAUUCAAAAUACGGGAUUUGAGUCAAAUUCUUCCAAUGUUGGAUCCCCUCAUCGUAGUUGAAAUUUCCGGUGAGGAUUUACUCGCCGCCUUGGAGAAUGGGGUUUGCAUGUACCCAAAGCUGGAGGGCCGUUUUCUUCAAGUAGGCGGGAUGAGUUUUGCGUUUGAUCCCACUAAACCACCUCUCCAGCGUGUGGACCCGCAAUUUGUCCGUGUAGGUGAUCAGUAUUUGGACCUCCAGACUAAAUACCGGAUGGUUACUAAAGCAUACAUGAUGGCCGGAAAAGAUGGCUUUGAUGUCUUGAAAAAGUUAAAGAUAUUGGUUGAUGAAGAAGACAGCUUACCACUUAACUGUGCAGUGCAAAAUCAUUUCCAAGCUAUCCAAAAGCUUUGCUCUAAAACGAAGCGUCCCUCACACCACAGACAAAGUCUGGUUACUCUUUCACGCAGACAUAGUUUGGCGCGCACAAUAGACCAUGAGCUACAUCCGGAAUCAACUGACUGCGAUAAAUCUAUUUCGGAAUGUGGAUCUUGUCGUCUCCGAAAGUGCAGUACAGUUGAGCCGGCCAACGUUGCUUUGCUAUUCGAAGAGAGUGUGACUGCAGAAGCUGUUCAACCCACUACUAAGCAGAGAGCACCUAAACUGCAGCGGCAAUCCAGUAUGGAAGAGGUCGAGAAAGCUUCUUGCAAACUGAUGCCGGGCAUUGAAGGUCGGAUUGUCGUCAUCAACGAAGAGACGCUGCCCCAGUUACUAAGUGACCGUCAAUUAUGGGACAUUCAUGCUGUGCACACCAUACGGGAGUCUAGCGAAAACUGAUGCUUUCUUUACGGCCUUACAUUAUAAGUAGAUCAAAUUCAAAGCAUGAAUUUACUGUUUCUUUAAAAGAAUUUUGACCGUUUAAGCUACUCGUUGCUUUUACUUCUUUGGAAAUCUAGCUUUUAAUGUCGUUAUUCUCCAACUCCAACGUUGACGCAAAGUUUUGCAAAGCGAAAUUAUCUGGCUGAUUCAUCCAUAUAACCCAUAUAUAUAACUGUUUAAUCUCAGCAAUACACUUUCUUUUUCAUUUUUUAAAA